AUUCCACCGUGGACAUUGCAAACGAAAAUGGCGAAUAAAGAGGAUACAUUACAAAAUCAGCAACAGAUUAUAAGAGGAGAAUUACCUCCUGACUUUCUGAGAUUCAACGUUUCUCGACAAGAUCAGCAAGUGGCAGCUGACGAACAAGCAGCACAAAUGUUACAAGCACAGUACGCUGGUUAUACAACAACCCCUAUAGCUGCUCCUAUUGCUCAAAAUCGUAUAAGCGUAACGAUUGUUGAGGCAGCACUGGUUAAAAAUUACGGACUAACAAAGAUGGAUUUAUACUGUCGAUUAAGAAUUGGGCAUUCUGUAUUUGAAACACAUACUAAUAACAGUGCGGGAAAAAAUCCAAGAUGGAAUAAAACUGUCCACUGUCUCGUCCCCCAAGGUGUAGAUUCUAUGUUUAUAGAGAUUUUCGAGGAGAGAACAUUUUUUUCAACUGACGAUAAAGUUGCAUGGGCUCAUGUUCUUAUUCCAGAAAGAGUAACUGUAAGUGGGGAUACAAUCGAUGAUUGGUAUCCUUUAAGUGGAAAGCAAGGAGAAAAGAAAGAGGGAAAUAUCAAAUUAGUCAUCAGCAAGACACAAAAUCCAAAUGUAAUGCCUUAUCCGCCCGCUCCACAAUUAAUGGUUAUUCCACAAGGAGGAUACUUCCCACCUCAAAUUGGUAUACAAACCCAUCAACAAGUCAUUCGCGGGGUUCCACAGCAACAUCCUCAGCAACAGCAACAAGUAGGUCCUUUAUACACGGAAGAAGAUAUCAAACAGUUAAAAGAUAUGUUCCCUGGAGUAGAUGAAGAUGUUGUCAAAUCAGUACUUCACGCUAAUCAAGGAAAUAAAGAUCGAGCAAUUAACGAUCUUUUGCAAAUGUCCCAAACUAAUUAA